AUGGGAAUCGAAAUAAUAUAUUAUGAAGACAAUGGUGGUGGUUACGUGCUCGAAUACAUGCAAUCUUGUGGCAAUGGAAAUCCAACUAGUCGAGCUAUUUUUGAUGAAUCGUCAAACAAUUCGAAACGUUUCUAUUAUAUAUCUUGGUCUGAUCCUAUGUCAAACUCUACAUUCGUCAAUGGAUUCUUUGCAGGAUGUACUCCUUUUGAAGCUCUUCUUCGAAGUAAACUCGAUUGUUUAUAUGAUAUAAAAUGUCUUCAAUUAUUGAUCAACUACUUUCCAGCUCUUAAACAGGUAUGUAUAACAUUAUUUUAUCUUUCUUAG